GUUCACGUUGCGGAGCGACCCUCCCCAGUCAAUGCAGGCCUAUCAAAUAGGACAUCGGUACAAUUAAGACUUUCCUGCAUGACCACGAAUAGUUUGCUCUAGCCUUAUUACUCGAUAAGAUUCGAGACCCCGCAUGCUCGGCCGUCGCAGCAAAAAGGGCGUUGUCCCUUCCACUCACGACAUACAUCCCGCAUCUUGAUGUCAAAGCGCAUCGAUCGCAAUGGAGGAACCAGCGAUGCAGACUCUCUUCGCGACGGCAGCGGCGCUGGGCGUCAUCGUACAUCUGUUGUUCUUCAAGCGCUUCGAGAUUGAUACACAUCCUUUACUUUCAUUUGUCGUGUUCAAUCUUGCGCCGUUUGCGUUGCGGCAUACUCUCUCCACUACACCGCUCCUCUCAUUCUUACUGACGGCGACUUUUACCAUAUUUAUGUUUGCAUCUAUUGCUCUUUAUCGUCUAUAUUUCCAUCCUCUUCGUCACUUUCCCGGACGACCUCUCGCCAAGCUAACACAGCUUCACUCACUGGCCCUCACCGCUGAAAGUGGUCUGAAAUGGCAUCGGGUUGUCCAGUCACUGCACUCCGAGUAUGGAGACUACGUGCGAACCGGACCACGUGAAUUGUCAGUCGCAGAUCCGGCUGCGAUGAGUUACAUUUUAGGAUAUGGAGCCAAGCCUGGAAAAGGUCCAGUGUAUGACUCCAUGGAGGAAAGCGUGAACACGACGAGAGACAGGGAAUUUCAUACGCAACGGAGGAAAAUUUGGGAUUCGAGCCUGAGGACUUUGGUCUCGACAUACGCCCCUCAGAUCGAGGGCUUCACCAGCACAUUGCUGACAAGCAUACGAUACAGCAUAGGCACACCUCUCAAUGUCAACAGUUUAGCGUUGCACUAUAGCUAUGAUGUUGCCACGCAAUUGGCAUUUGGUCAGGCAGGAGGCUUCAUCAGUGGCAACCAGAGCGAGACUGCGAAGUCAGUGAUGGCGGGUAUCAAGGAGGCGACAUUUGCAUUGGGGCUACUUUACCACGUACCAUGGAUCAUGACACUUCUGACCACCUUCGCUUUCUUGCCUGGUCCCAUGAAAGGCUGGAAUGAUUGGAGUGAGAAAAUGCUGAAAGAGAGAAAGCAGAGAGGAACAGAAAAGCCUGAUCUGAUGGGAUAUCUGAUCGCCAAUACACCAGACACAAAGAAAGGCAACAAUCUUCUAUUUGCAGAAUCCCGUGUAAUAGUGGCGGCAGGCAGUGAUACCACAGCCACAGCUCUAACAACGCUAUUUACACUCCUUGCUUCUUCGCCAAAUAUAGUCUCCCAAAUUCGACAAGAAAUAGACCCCAAACUCUCAUCCACCCCACCCACGUUCUCCUGCUCCACAAGCUACCACGUCCUCGACUCAAUCAUCAACGAAACGCUCCGCCUCUACCCACCUACCCUCUUCGCCUCCCAACGCACCAAUCUCAACACGCCCCUCCUCAUCUCAUCCUCCCCACUAAACCCUAAAUCCCACUCCAUCGAAAAUAGCACCUUCAUCCCUGUCGACACGAUCCUCUCCAUGCCAACAUACACUCUUCACCGCGACCCGAGGAAUUUCUCACGCCCAACGGAAUUCAUUCCCGAGCGAUGGACGACGAAACCAGAAUUGGUGGUAAAUAGACAGGCGUUUGUUCCGUUUUCGACGGGAAUGACGAAUUGUCCGGGUAAAAAUCUGGCGAUGAUGGAGUUGAGGGAUGUGGUUGCAAGGACGGUUGGGGAGUUUGAUUUGUGUUUGAAAGAAGAUGUGGCGAGGGGGUUUGAUAUCGAGAAGUUUAUGAGGGGGACGAGGGAUUGUUUUAUGGCGACUGUGCCAGAUGUGGAUGUUAUUUUUACUCCGCGUAGAACCGGAAUUUGAUAAUCAGUUCGCUUGAGGGAGAAUACCCGGGGACAGUAUGAGAAUUUCACGUUGAAAUCCACACCCAUAUUCAUACAUUGGCCAAGCCCUUUAACAUGUCCACUUCAGCUCGCUCAACUGCCUAAGUCCUACUCUAGAAACAAGUCCACAUUACUCGAACUAUCACCCUCCAACCUCGAAAUCUCCCGCUUCAGCACAUCCGCCUUGAACAGUCUAAACGCCUUCUCAAUCCUCGCCUUACUCUCCGGGUCACUCGUAAUCGACCUCUUAGCCGCAUACGAUCCACUAAGCAAUCCAAGCUCCCCACCAAUAAACAGGCCCCCGGCCGAGAAAAGCAUGUACGCUGCGAAGUCACCAAGGGUGGUUGGUUUUAACAGCGGUGUGAUAUCUGGGAUAGGUUCUAUUUCUCAUUAAAACGAUUGUCCUCCGAAUUUACAACACAAUGAUAAAUGAAAGGAAAUUGGAGAUCACUAACCCGUCCUUCCACCCGCAAACUGAACAUGAGUCGGCUUCUCCAUCGCUCUGAAAGCCUUGAAAUAUCCUGCUCUCGCACUCCUCACUCUAAAAGCCAAAAACGCACCAAGACUGAGACCGACCAGUGAGCCAACUGUGGUGAAAGUUCCGAAUUUUUGGGCGGCGCUGUUGAGGGCAUCGCGGUCGGAUUGCUGGAGGUCGUGCUUCAUGUGAUCUUCUGCUAGCUGGGCCAUUUCCUUGCUCGCAUUCUUGCGGGAGAUGGCGAAGGAUUGGAAGGACAUUUUGAUGGGUGACUUGGAAUGACUUGGAAGGGUUGAGAUUGAGAAUGAUUAGGAGAGAUUAGUAUGUCUAGAGGAAGAAAAUUGCAAUGGAAUUGAGAUUUUGGAGGCUAGGCGAAGUAGGUAUUUCGUGAUGACGUCGAUGGCAGGCCCGGAUGCACAUCACGUG